GGUCUUCUCUUCUGGUCUCUUCAGAGGCUUAGUACUGCCAAGCAGCCCCUACCCCAACCUGCCCCCAGCUGCCUUGUUCUCAAAGCAAUCACCUGGACACAACUUGUUGUGUCAGAUACACCUUUGAAAUGGGGCUUCCCCCCUUCCACCGAAGUCAAUGUGCAUUUCUUCAGCAUUUCUGCUUUCAUCUGCAACUUCUGUGUGUCAGGGCAGCCUUUCACAUGUAGGAAGGUUGGAGAGAGCUCCCCAGCCACCUUGAGACAUCUACAGCUCCAGACUAGUUCCAACACUGAGGAGCCACAUGGUGGCAGCCAGAGUGGGGAGGCCUAUUGCAGCGGGAAAAGUCAGUACAAUGGGGGUCAGUGUGGAAAAGCUAACAGCCAUGACUGUGCACUUGAUCAACAUUGGAGUGUCUGCUCCGGAGAAGGGCUUUAUGAGGGGGGCAAAUGUGGGAAAGCCUUCAGCUACAACUACAGACUUGUGCAGCACCAGCGAAUUCACACUGAACGAAGGCCAUAUGAGUGUAGUGAAUGUGGGAAAUUCUUUAGCCAGAUCUCUGGCCUUAGUAAAGACUGGAGAAUUCACAGUGAUAAAGAGCCUUACAGAUGCAGAGAAUGUGGACAAUUUCUUACCCAUAACUUCAGUUUCAUAAAACACUGGAGAAUUCAUACUAGAGAAAGAACUUAUGAAUGCAAUGAAUGUGGAAAAGUCUUUAUCUGGAGAUCUAAAGUCAUUCACCACCGGAGACUACACACUAGAGGAAUGCAUUAUGGCUGUGGUGAAUGUGGGAAAUCUUUUAGCUACAAAUCCAACCUUAUCGAACACCAUAGAGUUCACACUAGAGAAAGGCCUUCUGAGUGUAUCGAAUGUGGGAAGUCCUUUAGACAAAGCUUUAGCCUUUUCCGAUACCAGAGAGUUCACCCUGGAGAAAGGCCAUAUAAUUGCAGCGAACAUGGGAAAUCCUUUGGACAGAUCUUUGACCUCAUUCGACAUGGGAGAGUUCACAGUGGAGAAAUGCCUUAUGAGUGCAGUGAAUGUGGGAAGUCCUUUAGACAGUUCUCUAACCUCAUUCAACACCAGAGUGUUCAUACUGGAAAAAGGCCUUUUUGGUGCGGUGUUUGUGGGAAAUCCUUUAGCCGCAGAUUUAUCCUUAUUCAACAUCAGAGAGUUCACACUGGAGAAAGACCUUAUGAAUGCAAUGAAUGUGGAAAAUUCUUUACCCGAAAAUCUGACCUCAUUCAACACCAGUGGAUUCAUACUGGCACAAGACCUUAUGAGUGCAGUGAAUGUGAGAAAUCUUUUAGGCAACGGUCUGUCCUCAUUCAACACCAGAGAGUUCAUUCUGGAGAAAAGCCAUAUGAGUGUGGGGAAUGUGGGAAAUCCUUUAGCCAAAAUGCUAGCCUUAUUCAACACCAGAGAGUUCACACUGGAGAAAGACCUUAUGAAUGCAGCAAAUGUGGGAAAUCUUUUAGCCGCAAAUCUAACCUCCUCAGACACAGGAGAGUUCACAUUGGAGAAAACCCUUGAAUGUGAGGUACAUUAGAAUUCUUUGUAUUAUUGCCGAGUAGGAUUCUCUUCUGUGGAUAAUGGCUUUAUCCGUGCAUCUGUUCUGGACAUACAGGUUAUUUCCAGGUUUGGGGUGUUUACAAAUAAAGCUCCUGUGAAUAUUUACAUUCAUUUCUUUAUGUGGAUGUUUUAUUUCUCUUGUUGUAAUAACUGAAACUGCCAGAGAGAUCAGU